AUGGGCAAGAUACCAGAAGCCACAGGAUUACUGUUCAUUGACGUCGAGAAGCUUUGUCUGGUAAAACAACCCAAGGAUGCAUACAUGGAUCGAUACGUCGCCUUGAGUUACGUUUGGGGUACCACCAAGGAUCCUUUUCAGACAUUAAAAGCGAACUUUGAUUUGUUAAGCACCAAAAACGCAUUCGAAUUACCUGAGAACGAUUGUCGAAUUCCCAACACCAUCAAGGAUAGUAUCCUUCUCGUCCGUACUUUAGGCAUUCGGUACUUAUGGAUCGAUCGAUUUUGUAUAGUACAGGACGAUGAAAUUGCAAAACCGCAUCAACUAAAUUCAAUGGCUGCAAUAUACUCCAAUGCGUACUUCACUAUUGCAGCCACCGAGGGGCCAGACAGUGAUUAUGGGCUUCAGGGACUUGGAAAGCAACGCCUGAGAAGAUCACCUUUCGAAGUCUUCGAGUUCGGUCCCAGUUGUCGCAUGAUGGCAGCUUCACCGGUAAGAAAAAUCGCUCCCGAAGUCUAUCAUACCCGAGGCUGGACGUUCCAAGAAUGGAAUUUCUCGUCGCGUAUGAUUGUAUUCCAUGAACAGACUGUGACAUGGGUAUGUCAAAAAUACAAACAACAGGAGAACGGGCACAUCCCGCACCAAUCGCUGGACAGAUUACCCUUGACUUUGUGGACAAAGGAGCCCGCUCCUACAUAUUACUGUCUUCAGGUAGACAAAUAUAGCAGGAGAAAUCUGUCUAAUUCAGCGGACGUCUUAGCGGCAUUCAGCGCAUUCACUACAGUGCAAAGUCGAGCCAUGAAAGGUGGGAUGCUACACGGCCUUCCAGAACUCUUCUUCAAUAACAUGCUAUGCUGGCACCACGACAUGAGCUCGCGACAGCAAAGAAGGAUCGAUUCCAAAGGCAAUAUCCUUAAGCAGUUUCCUUCCUGGUCAUGGGUUGGCUGGUUCGGU